AUGGCGGAAGCUCCACAAGGCCUUCGAAUUCUUCUACACCAACAUCAGAAAGAGCGAGUACCUGUUUACAUUUCCAGCCAUGCUGAGAGGGACCAAGUUCUUGAAAUAUUCAGAAGUGCAAUACUGCAACCUGGACCACCUGCAAAUUUUGCUCUCCAAACAGUGCAAGAUGCUAUAAAAACUCAGAGGCAAACAGUGUUAGUCCAAGAAGAGAAUCAAUCAUUGGAAAAUGCGAUUCGAACUCUACUUCAAGAACUGGUGUCUUCUGCAGUUCAGUCAGGGGAACGAAUAAUGCAGUAUGGGCAGUCAAUGGAUAUGGAGGAGACCCAGGGUCACAUACCAAGGCUUCUUGACAUUGUGUUGUAUCUUUGUGAGAGAGGCCAUGUUGAAGGUGGUAUGAUAUUCCAGCUGUUAGAAGAUUUGACAGAGAUGUCAACAAUGAGAGAUUGCAAAGAAGUAUUUGGUUAUAUAGAGAGUAAACAAGACAUCUUGGGGAAGCAAGAGCUAUUCGGGCGGGGGAAGCUUGUGAUGCUGAGGACAUGCAAUCAGCUUCUUCGUCGUCUUUCAAAGGCAAAUGAUGUGGUGUUUUGUGGACGAAUUCUUAUGUUUUUGGCUCAUUUCUUCCCAUUGUCAGAACGUUCAGCUGUUAAUAUAAAGGGAGUUUUUAAUACUUCCAAUGAAACCAGAUAUGAAAAGGAUGCUCCUGAUGGCACUUCCGUUGAUUUCAAUUUCUACACGAUCUUUUGGAGUUUACAGGAGCAUUUUUGUAACCCAGCUGCCACAACUCUAGCUCCUACUAAGUGGCAGAAAUUUGUGUCCAACUUAAUGGUUGUAUUGGAUACAUUUGAGGCUCAGCCUUUGAGUGAUGAUGAUGGAAACACAAACAAUCUUGAAGAACAAGAAGCAUCAACUUUCAGCAUAAAGUAUCUUACAAGCAGUAAAUUGAUGGGUUUAGAGUUGAAAGAUCCAAGUUUCCGAUGCCACAUUCUCCUUCAGUGCCUCAUAUUAUUUGACUACUUAAAGGCCCCUGGGAAAAAUGAUAAGGGUGUGCCAUCUGAAAGCAUGAAAGAGGAGAUCAAGUCUUAUGAGGAGUGUGUUAAGAAGCUUCUUGAAUCGAUUCCUCCUAAAGGGAAGGAGUUUCUACACUGCAUUGAACAUAUAUUAGAACGAGAAAAGAAUUGGGUUUGGUGGAAACGUGAUGGUUGUCCCCCAUUUGAAAAGCAACCAGCAGAAAAGAAAAUGGGCCAAGAUGGAUUGAGAAAACGUAGGCCACGGUGGAGGCUGGGAAAUAAAGAACUCCAUCACUUGUGGAAGUGGGCAGAAGCGAACCCAGAUGCUCUGACUGAUUCUCAACGUGUUCGGAUCCCAUCAGUUAUGGAAUAUUGGAAAGCUUUGGCUGAAGAUAUGGAUAUAUCUGCUGGUAUUGAAGCUGAAUAUCACCACAAAAACAACCGGGUCUAUUGCUGGAAAGGCCUCCGUUUUUCUGCUCGACAAGACCUUGAAGGAUUUUCCCGAUUUACUGAAUAUGGCAUUGAAGGGGUUGUGCCCCCAGAACUUUUUCCACUGGAAGUUCGCUCUAAGUAUCACACAAAACCUAAUGAAAGGUCUAAAAAAGCUAAAAAGGAAGAAGAGAUGAAGGGUACUGCUCAACAAGUGGAAGAUAAUCAGAUCACAACCCCUGCAACUGAUAUUGAUGGUGGAGUUGGAACUGAAUUUGAGGACGCAGCAGCAGUGCCAAUGGAAACUGAUGCGACUGUUAUUAGUAUCCCUAACAGCGGAGUGGCGACACCGGAUGAGAAUCAGAAGCAGAGCCCUGACACAGAUGUAGUUCCAGAGGCAGGGCAUUUAGAAAUAGAAGUGGAAGCAGAGGCUGAGACAGGGAUUGUAGAUGGAGAGACUGAUGCAGAGGCUGAUUGACAUGUUUUUUCUUAUUCUCUGUUCCUUCUAUUUGGGCUUUACCUUAUUCCGACGAUUGACUUGUUUUACUUUCAUCAUCUAAUGGAACACUAGAA